CGAUCGUUUGUGUGUCACAAAUGUUAAUGAAAAUUAUAUUUAUUUUACUGGAAUUAUCGAAUCCCUUGUUAUUUUUGGUCGUCUUUGAUGUUUACGUUCAAAGCCAGUAACGUUACAUUUAUAAUUUUAAGUGCAUGUUUAAGUUUCAUUGAAGUUAAUAAUGUUUCAGCUCCCGCUUUUAUUAUACUGUAAUUUACAAAAACGUCGUCUAUUAUUUAAUGUCGAAAACAAACUGUACAGAAGAUUGAAACCCCUCCCCCUCUGGUCGAGGUAUUUUCCAGCUGAAGGAUCAACGGGACUCCACUGGAUGACAUUCACUUUCGAUCCUGUUUUAACCUUAUCAUUUUGGUCAACGAGUUUUAAAAAGGUCGAUUUCACAUUUAUUUGUCCAUCUCAGUCGGAAUGCGUCGGAUUUAUUUGUUUGGAUGUCCUGUAAGAAGGCGUUAACCAGCGAAACCCGACACCGAGGCUCAGCUGAGAGGAGGGGGCUGAGCAAAACCUUGACCCACCGCCCUGUGUUAACGGACUUUACUUGACUUUUUUAUGCCUUUUUAAAGGUGUUUUGACAACUUGAAACCCAGCCAAAGUGAAAAUAUGGAGGCCAUCAAACUGAUGAAGGAGCUGAAGAGCAAUUUGGAUCAGGAGGUUCAUUAUCUGCCAAAGGAAACGGGUCUCAGUUUGAUCGAAUCCACACAAGAGAACGGUAAUGGAGUUUCAGCCAAAUGUCGAGAUGCUCGAGUGGAAGAUAUCUGGAGCUUGACCAGUUUCUUCGGUUACAGCACUCAAACCUUUGUACUAGCCGUUAACCUGCUGGACAGGUUUAUAGCUAUGAUGAAGGUUCAGCCCAGGUAUCUGGCCUGCAUCAGCAUCGGUUGCCUUCACAUCGCCGCCCGAGUGACCGAAGAAGAGUGCAAUGUUUCGUCCAGCCAUGAGCUCAUUCGCAUCAGCCAGUGCAAGUUCACCAUCUCAGACCUCAGCCGAAUGGAGAAGAUCAUUUUGGAGAAGCUCAACUUCCAGUUAAAAGCCGUCACAGCCUUAACCUUCCUGCAUUUGUACCACGCCAUUGCACUUUCGCACACGUCCAACAGAAAAGACGUCCUGAAUCUUGACAAACUGGAAGCCCAGCUGAAAGCCUGCCUAUGCAGAAUUGUUUUCUCCAAAGCAAAACCUUCGGUGCUCGCUUUGUCGCUCUUGAUGCUUGAGAUCGAGGCCUUACAGUCUGUGGACCUGCUAGAAAUCGCCCAGCGCAUACAAACACACUUGAAGAUCUCGAAGGCUGACCUGGUGCACUGGCGAGGCCUGGUAGGCCAGUGUAUGAGGGAAUACUCCUCUCCAGAAUGUGCCAAACCUGACCACAAGAAACUGGUGUGGAUCGUCUCGCGGAGGACGGCACAGAACCUGCACAGCAGCUACCGCAGCGUCCCCGAGCUGCCCACCAUCCCAGAGGGCGCGUGGGACGAGAGCGAGAGUGAGGAUUCAAGCGAAGACCUGAGCUCUGGGGAAGAGAGUCUGAGCAGCUCGCUGGGCAGCGACGCCGAGGGACACUAUUUCCCCUCGAACUUCCGCUCCCGUGCCCACAGACAGUAAUACGCUCUAAACCACUCGUCAAGGAGCACAACUGCCAAUGGCGAUGUGGCCUCCACGCUGAUCUGAAUGGCUCCCUUGUCAUCUUCCAAGAUGAUGUCACAGACCUCUUCUGGCUGAAACCUAAUAGUUAUACAGCGAGGUGCCAUUGUGCCUGGGUUCAACGAAACCACUGAGUCCAAAAUAUCAGAAUUGUAUUUUAAAACUCUUCUUUUAUGGCUUUACAGAAAGCCAGUCCAGAUACUGUAAACAUCUCUCUUGAUUACUUGUUAAGCUAAAAGUAAAAUAAUUCAGCACUGCACAACACUGGCAGCUAAAAACUAAAAAAAAAAAAAAAAAGUAGCGUAGCGUUUA